ACAUGAACUCCAAUCAUUUUUCAGGGACAGGACAAUACCAAAAUAUUCUCUUUCUUUUGGUUUAUACAUAUUUCACUGAAAGAAGGGGAGAGUUUGAAGAAAGCAUAGAAAUGGUGACCUGUACAUGGAGUGAUGUGCUACCUUUUGCAGCUAUGGUAAUGGUGCAGUUCACAGACAUAGGACAAUCAACUAUUAACAAAGCAGCCAUGUCAAAAGGAGUGAGCAGUUAUGUUUUAGUGGCUUACUCGAAUGCGCUUGGUACCAUCUUUCUUCUUCCUUGUUUCAUCCUACUAAAUAAGGUUUCUCUUACCUUCUCACUCCUUGGUGGGCAAUUCCUUCUGGGCAUAAUUGGGAGUUCGAGUUUGUUAUUAGCAUAUAAUGGCGUCAACUACAGCUCACCAACACUUGCUUCAGCUAUGGCAAAUCUUAUACCGAUCUUUACUUUCAUACUGGCAGUUAUUUUCAGGAUGGAAAAGCUAGAUUUGAGGAGGUCAAGCUGCCAAGCCAAAGUGUUAGGGACUAUUGUAUCAGUAUCUGGAGCAUUUGUAAUAAUUCUAUACAAGGGAUCAGUGAUCUUUUCACCAUCCAACUCUCCUGAUCAGAACUUCAUGAUGAUCUCACAGCAGUUAAAAUGGGGGUUGGGAGGUCUUAUGCUGGCAAUGGUGUGCCUUCUGAAUGCAACAUGGGGCAUUCUUCAGACAGAAAUGGUUAAGAACUGUCCAUCUAUGAUUACCAUACUCUUCUUCUACAACUUUUUUGUCACAAUCCAGUGCACAAUAUUCUCUCUAUUUAUGGAAAGGAAUCGGAAUGCUUGGAUAAUAAGGCCUGACAUUGAGAUGGUCUCCAUUGUCUUCUCAGCUUUAUUUGGGAGUCUGUUCCAUGUUGGUGUUCAAACCUGGUGCUUGCACCAAAAGGGACCUAUCUUUGUAGCCAUGUUUAGGCCCUUGGGAGUUGCCAUUGCUGCAGUCAUGGUAGUGAUCUUCCUCGGCGAAGCACUUCACCUUGGCAGUGUCAUUGGAUCUAUCAUUAUUGCAGUUGGCUUCUAUGCUAUGAUGUGGGCACAAAUCAAAGAAAAGAACACUACUCUUAUGAAGGAUGAAGUCCAAAGCUUGGCACCAUCAUCCACCCAAAAGACCCCUCUUUUGCAAUGCAAAACUUCAGGAGAAGAUGUAUAAUCACAAAGAACUCAGCUUGUACAGUUCAUUAUGUAUUGACAAUCAAAAAAAAAAAAGUAGCUCUGAAAGUUAUCCUCUCUAUUUUCCUUGCUAGGAAUUGUUUUUUCCCCAAUUAUGUAAUGAUUCAGAAAUUUAGCAUUCGCAUUUGACAGUACGGUUAAGUCUGUGGAUUAUUAUUACAAAUGAGGAUGUGCUUAGAUGU